GUUGUGGAGGUUCAGUCGAGGGGAUUGAAUCUAGUAAACCACGACCAUAUGGCUGUAAGGGGGAGGGCCUGUGUAAAUAAAUAACCCUAGCCAUGUCACCAAGGCCAUCAUUGGUGACUUUACGAAUAUCUGUGCCUCAAAGACCGAGUGUCUUCUUCUUCUUCUUCUCUCCCCCGCCCCUUUGUGAUCUCGUUAGAACGGCUGAGUUAGGCGAGUUCAUGCAUCGUAUAAGGGUAGUGACCGGUCUGGACCGUCAACGAUGUAGGGAUUUUGGGUUAUCUGAUGUCCAAUUUCGGCGAAAAGGGCCAUUUCAUCUCGUUCUAAAAAGUCUUGGCUUUUCGUUGCCAAUGCUUAAUUAUUAGCCGAGCAUUACAAACUACACAACACAUCCUCAACUCCAUCCCAACUCUUCUCUCCUCCUUUCGAUCCUCUCCAACGAGUCCCCCUACAUUCGACCAGAGGGGAGUGGCUUCAGCCACAGCUCAAGAAUCAGACCAUCUCCGCUGGUUUUUGAAGCUUCCAUCU